GUAAUUCAUUUUAAAAACUUGUAUUACUGAAUUCAGGGAAUAAUUUUUGUAUAUAAAUUUGGAUUAUGUGUAAAAAAAAUGGAAAAUAAUUAUAUGGCUAAUCAUUUGGCAUAUAACUCAUUUGGCUUUUGGCUACUUUUUUGUAAUGUAGUGUACAUGUGCGUGCGUUUCAUACUUCAUAUUUUAAUACUUUUCUACAUUGGAUAAAAGCAGCUAUUUGAGUUCUGUUUAUGUUUGUGCUUUUACUAAACCGGAAAAAGUAGUGCUUUGAUCAAAGGAAAUACCUGCCUUGGGAAGGCACUGAAUUUAACUUUUGCUGAUUAGUUUUGCUAAUGUGCAUUGAGGCCACAGAAAGCAUUGGCGUUAUAUUGUUUUGGUUAUAUAUUUAAUCCACAAUGUUCAGUUUGUAUACGGAAAGUUUCGUAAUGAUGUGAGUUUGCAAUUAAUAUCAGUUAAUUAACAAAUCGUGCUUAUAUAACGAAUUUCGUUUUUUAAAUAUAAUUUCUUUAAAAUAAAACAUUAAAUCGAAAGAAUAAAGAAAAGGUUACGCUAAACUUGUUUCAAGUGCAAUUAAUUAAUAGGUUGCAUAUUUAGGUGCACAUUUGCAACUCUUUACACUUUCAGAAGUAACAAUUUUAGAACACAAAAGUACACUUUUAGUGGACUUUUCUUAAGAUUGAAUAAUCAAAUUUUGUACAUGGUAUUGUUAAUAUUUAUGCCAUGUAAAGCAAUUCUCUCUGAAAAAGUGGAGAUUUAAUUUUGCAUUAUAAUACUGUCAGUAAGAUUGUAGAUAAAAAAUCAAAAGACUUUUAACAGGCUUUUAAAUACCCAAAUGUAGCUAUUAUAUAACAUUUUUUUUAGAUAUUUUAAACGUAUUAUGAAGAGUAGGCAUCAGUGAUGUUUUUUGUGAUAAUUAUCAUUUUACUUGUUAUUUCAAAUGUUUGAACGCGGAAAGGAUCACAUAAGUAUUCCAUAUUAAUGUUAAACAAGUGUUUGUUUUGAGAACUAUAUGUAUUACUGUAAUUCCGAGAAAUUUGGUCCGAACGGCUCCAGACAAGCUCAGACCUUAUGUUGUCUGUGUGCGACAAGGCCAAAACAAAAUCUGCAAAGGGUCAGACGGGGUAAAUAUAAAACAGACAUGUGGCUGAACUACCGGGCUGCAAUUAGUUUACUUGCUUUAUUACACUGGAUGUUAUGAAUACCAUUACUACUAAAUAAAAGCAUGCAUUACUAUUAGUUUUUGCAGAAUAAAAACAUGUAUACCAGUACUGUUAGUAUAGGGGGAAAAUCAUGUAUACCAUUAUUAUUAGUUUUUUAUUUUAGAAACAAAAUGUUUAUACCAUUACUAUUAGUUUUUGGGGAAAACGCUUUUAUACCAUUGCUAUUUGUUUUAGGGGAAAAUGUUUGUAUACUAUUACUAUUAGUUUUGGGAAAUUAAAAUUAAUGGUAUGCGUUUUGGAUAAAUUAUUGUUUAGUAUUCGUUUUUGGAAAAUUAAAGCAUGUAUGCUUUAUCCCCCCAAAUAACUAAUAGUAAUAGCCUUCGUCGUUUAACAUCCUAAGCAAGUAAGUUAAUUCCAGCAACUUUGGGUUGGUAUUCCUCGUUUAAAAAAGCAGCCUAUAUUAAAUAGCAUAGUAGGGUUUGUACAUAUCAUAAACACCUUAAACACCAUUUCAUUUUAACUCUUAAUUUCCACACUGUAGCCCCAGUGCAACUUAAAUAUAACUAUUAAUCUGCUAAUAAUAUUAGACUCAUAAACAAGGUUUUUAUAGUUCGAAGAAAAAAUAUUAUUGUUGCCAUCAACUCAACAAAGCAGUGGGAAAAAGCAGGAAAAGGGGAUAAGCGAUCUUUGAGAAAGGGUGAAACGUAACACAUUCCUAGUUGUUUAGAGGGGGAAUUUACAGCUAAGUAAUAAAAGUUUACGACUGGAUACACGCGGUCAUUGGUUGCGUCAGACCACGUGAUACUCACUCUAUGAACAUGAACUUUGUGCUGUUGUCUUCCCCUGGAUCUCCCCAUCUAUCGACUAGCGAGCUCGCGGUGGUGUUGAAAUGACCUUACCACUAGACAUUUCUUUCGUUUUCUGUUUGCUCGGUUGGAUUUUUAACACGCUAUAUAACGCCAUCUUAUCUCGUCUGCUUCGUCGCUAGUAAUGACUGAAUGAAUGUCCUCAGACGUCGCCUCCUCCCCAGCCCUCUUUCUACCUAUCUGGUCCCCUAGAGGAAAGACACGGCACUGAUAGCUGAUGGGUGACGGUUCAGAGUGCGUAAAUGUGAUUUCCCAUCGAAAGAGUAAACAUUUCCCGCACAUAAAUGUUGCGGAGAAUGGGAUCCAGAUCCUACUGCUCUCCUAGAGUGUGCGUCUACUGCUACACCGCCGAACGUGCGUCACGCAGACAACGGAGAACGCUGGAGAGCAGUUCUGCAAGGACACAGCCUGACGAAGCAAACAAGCAUUCAGCACUACAGUAUGAAGGCGGAUUGUGGAAACAACUUUCACAUAGCCGGUGUUCCGUGUCCGCCUUUGACGUCAGCCACCCUGCGAAUGAAACACCUAUGACAAAAUACGUGGAGCAGGCGGACGCUGAGCCUUUUAUGUCCAGUACUACAGAAAAAGACAAGAGCAACAUGCUGUCAACUUCCUGCUCUUUAACCAAAAGGUUUUACCCUUGGAUGAGACAACCAACCAUAAACUUGAGAUCCAAUCAAGUCAGGGAAUCAGGUCAUUCCAGAGGCGCAGAAUGUUCCUCAAAGACAGAAGUAUGGGACGGCACUUGUUCUAGUAAACGGCCACGGGCAUCUUUCUCCUCCACCCAGCUGCUGGAACUUGAGAAAGAGUUUCAUUUCAACGCGUACCUCCGCCGGCCACGGAGGCUUGAAUUGGCGGCACUUUUAAAGCUCACUGAUCGACAGAUAAAAAUCUGGUUUCAAAAUCGUCGCAUGAAGUAUAAGAAAGAUUACAAGGAAAGGCUAAAGGCAAAGUUGUCCUCCUCACGGGACACCAGAAACCAGCUUUCUGCAAUGAAUGGCACAGUAGUGGAUGCUCCAUCGUCGAAGUUCCAGAACCUCUAUGCGAGACCACCAGUGUUCAUCAUGAACUAUACUCAGAGCUCUUAAUGAAACUAUAACUACCUAGGGACUUAUUUCUGCUUUCAGACUUCAGCUGAACCUCUCUUGGGUAAAGACAGUUGUUCCUAAUACAGCAUUAAAUUAUAUUAGACUCACUCAGGACAAUGACAUGUGUUAAACGUCAACAAUGGAAAGUCUUUCACACCUUGCUUUCUGUAUGAACAUUAAAAUGGCAAACUUUUACUACAUCACAUAAAUACAUGUUCUCUCAUUGGUCAAUCCACCCAACAUAACUCUCACUAAAAUCAUGCUCAUAUUAAACAAAAGCCAGGAUUCAUUUUUGAUUCAAAAGAUAAGUUUACUUGAAAGUUCAUUCUGAACCAUGAUUACAUGUUAUCAGCCUGUACGUGGUAAAUCGUUUGGAUUCCACUGUGUAUAAACUGCUACAAUAAUAUCUCUGCAAAGCUGUAAGAUUUAUUGCACAUGGAUGCAAGCCCUCUUGUAUAAGUUUAUCUCCUGGGCACAGAAAAUACGAUUUUGAAAGGGCAUUCAUGGUUGUGAAUGGCCAUUAACGCGGGGUAAAAUUUCUCUCAACUUUUGUAAGUGCACAACUUAUUUUUAUUACCCCCAAAAUGAUUAUGCUAUUUUUUCCCAGGGCAUGCACUGAAGUUCCUCUCUUAAGAGAAUGCUGUUGAUUUUUAUGGCCAGAAAUGUUUAAAUAUUCAAACCACACCAAGCCUGAACUCAUGGAAAUUCAUAACUAUUUUAUGAAGUGGUUAAUUUCGUAUGAAACCUGACAGUUUGAAUCUUAUUAAAACGCAUGAUUAUUAGAAAAAGCAAUCAUGAAGCACUACCACCAGUGUAAACUUACACUUCAAAAAGUGAAAAGUUGGAUCAACUUAAAAAAAACACUUUAAUUGGUAACACCUAGUGAUGCACCGAUGUAUCGGCCGCCGAUAUUAAUCGGCCGAUAUUUGAUGAAUUUGAAACCAUCGGCAUAUCGGCAAUAGCACGAGAAAGGCCGAUACCGAUUGUUUAUUAAUUAACUGCAUAAAGAAAUCCAUUAUAUGUAAAAAAUGAGUUAAUGUUGUUAAUAAAAUAAAUGCUGAAUAGCUAAAACCACCUUUGAAGGUUGUCAUGCUGUCUUAUUAUAUUUGUUUUAGCUUAAUUUGUGCCUCUCUUAUUAUGUUGGUCAGUUGAAUGUUAAUUAGAUCCAAUCCAUGUUCAGUAAAAAUAAUUUGAUGCAGAAAUAAACUAGCUAAUAGACCAACUGUAUAGUAUUGUAUACGAGUGUUUAAUAUCGGUAUCGGUCAGAAGUUGUCUGUUUAAUUCGGUAUCGGCCCCAAAAAAUCCUAUCGUGCAUCCCCAGUAACACCUAAAAAGUUUUUUCAACUUAAAUGUUUCACCUAAAGCGAAAUUAAAGUGAAACUGUAACUUAAUUUUUAGGUGUUACCAAUUUUUUAAAAUUGAUCCAAGCAUUUACAGUGUAAUGUCACCAAUGCAAUCUCAUGGCAAUUCGUACAUAUCUCGUAAGGUACGUACGAAUUUGCAUAACCAUAUUCAUACGUUUUUGUAUGAUUUGCUUUCCCCCCAGUGACGUUGGGGUUAGAAUUAUUGUUUUAUUUUAAUAAUCCUGCGUUUUUAUACGAUUCACUUUGUACGAAUUAACCAACUAGUAAAUGCAUAAGAUUUCCCUUGAGUUCAGACUGAUUGUCACUGGUGUAAAAGCAGAUCAUACUAAAAUGUUUCUAUAAGAUCUAACAAAUUUAUUUGAAUUAGACACUUUUUAAAAUAAUUACGCAAUUAUGAGAUCAUUUCCCUGAUUAUUGUUUGAUGGUUCUCUGAUGAUUCUGAUUUUGACCUUAACAUGACUCCUGUUAUUGUCUAUUGUUGAAAGUACUGUUCAUCUAAACCUAAAUUUAUAUGGGCUGUUAAACUGACAAAUGAGAUGAUCACUCCACAGGAUUUCACAAUGAUAUAUCAAUGUCAGAAUGCACAGUAUCUUUGCAUUUACAAUAAGUAUUGACUGGGUUUUUUUCAUUUGUGUGUUUACAUAUGUGCACACAAAAGUAUGAGCAAGCCGGAAUGUAAUUAAAAAAUGUAUCCAACGAUUUCAAGAAAUGAUCAGAAUUGUAAUGUAAUUUGUCCAUAACUGAUUAAAAGCAUGCAUUUUAAUCUGAACACUGGUUGUGGCUAUUUGAAGCUCUCUGUCAAUAAAGGUGAAUGUUAUGCAUGUAAA